AUGGGGCUGUUCCUGCUGCCGCUGCUGGUGAGUGUCUGGUGGGAUUCUGACUGGGGCUGCUUGUCCGCGGGCACGGGCUCGUCCUCCUCCGCCUGCCUGCCGAGAGUGGCGUGGUCGACUUCAGAACCCAAAUUCCGCGUUUUCUGGGGCAAAAAGAUUUCCUGUAGCUCUAGUGUUGUGCUACUGACCAUGCCUGGAGCCCAAGCGAACUGUGGGCAGAAUGAGUAUCCCCACGAAGGUCUCUGCUGUGUAUUGUGUGAAGCAGGUACUUUUGUUGCUGAUCACUGCAGCGUUUCACAUUGGAAGGGAAAAUGUGAUCCUUGCAAGGAAGGAAAAAGCUUUACUGCCCAUGCAAAUGGCUUGGAGGGAUGUGUGCCUUGCAGACAGUGUAAUGAAGAUCAGAUAACCUUGAGACCCUGUACUCUGACACAGGAUGCUGAAUGCCAGUGCAAGCACGGGUAUUCCUGUGCUGAUGAGGACUGUGAGAUAUGUGAGAGAAUCAGUCAAAUGCAUCCGGAUGGGAAAGAAAUCUCACAGAAUUCCACUGAUGCUACAGAUGCAGGCUCACCCAGUCAAGGGAUGAGCGCUGUUGUUUGGGUUAUUCUGGCUCUGUCUGUCUUGGUUUUGGUAAUUGUUGUUGUUGGUCUUAAAAAGCUGAAGCGUGCUAAAGCUGCCUCAGCUGAUAAAGAUGCAGAGAGAGGCUUCCAUUCAAUGAGGGUGUCAGAAACUGCUAUAGAAAUGGAAUUGACACCCUCACCUCAUGCAGAGAGCCGGCAGGGAUGGAUUGCUCAGCGCCGUUAUGUCCAAGCAAUAAAACCCUGUCUGAGACGGAAAAUCGAUUCUGGGACUUUUUUUUCUGGCGGCGGCGUCUCCGUCCUUGAAGCUAUUUGA